GGAGGAGUUGUGGGGGUGGCAGAGGGUGUGCUGCAGAGGGAGGUCUUGCAGCGGCUCCCCAUAAAGGUGAGGUGGGGAGGCUGGAGGUGCCUGAGGAGGAGGAGGGCUGGCAGCAGUGCAGGUCAGGGAGCAGCUGGGACAGAGGCUGGUGAGCUGUGUGUUCCUGGGAGGGAUGGACCCACCUCACCUUCCUGCAAGGCAAGGGUCUUUGUGGGUGGGAGGACAGAGCAUGCAGCAGGAACUCCCCAGCAGCAGAAGAAAGAGCAGGGGCAGAGGAGACUGCAGAUCCAGCCAGCGAGCACAGCCUGUCCCUUCAUCCCUGCCUGCACCUGCCUUGGCUGAGGGUGCCCCUGCUUGCAGGCUCCGCUCCCCGGGACCCACUGGAGCCAUGGGGGCUGUCAGUGUUCUGGGCUGGCUGCUACCGCUGCUGCUGCUGCUGCAGGUGGUGCCCCAGGCUGCAGGUGCCCGGCCCUGCAGCCCCAAGUACUUUGGCCGCGAUGCCAUGGUGUGUGUCUGCAACGCCACGUACUGUGACACGCUGGACCCCGUGGUCCUGCCGGCCCUGGGCACCUACGUCAAGUAUGAAAGCAGCAAGGCUGGCAAGCGGCUGGAGCGCAGCGAGGGGAGCUUCCAGCGCAGCCUGCAUGCCCCAGAGCUGCUGCUGACGCUCAACAUCUCCACACUGUACCAGCACGUGAAAGGCUUCGGCGGGUCCCUCUCUGAUGCUGCUGCCCUGAACAUCCUGGGGCUGUCGCAGCCAGCCCAGGACAACCUGCUGCGCUCAUACUUCUCUGAGAGUGGAAUUGAGUACAACCUCAUCCGGCUCCCCAUGGCUUGCAGCGACUUCUCCAUGCGCCCCUACAGCUACGACGACAUCCCCCACGACUAUGAGCUGAAGCACUUCAGACUGGCCGAGGAGGACAUGAAGAUGAAGAUCCCCCUCCUGCACCGAGCCUCAGCCAUGAGCAGGCGGCCGCUGUCACUGUAUGCCAGCCCCUGGACCUCCCCAGCCUGGAUGAAGAGUAACGGGGACAUCCGUGGGAAGGGCACGCUGAAGGGGCAGGCAGGGGACAAGUACCACAAGACCUGGGCCAACUACUUCAUCAAGUUCCUGGAUGAAUACGCCAAACACAACCUGACCUUCUGGGCAGUGACGGCACAGAACGAGCCCCUUGCAGCACUCCUCGCGCCCCCCCAGUUCCCCACCAUCACCUUCACUGCUGCACAGCAGCGGGACUUCAUCAUCCGUGACCUGGGCCCUGCGCUGGCCCGCAGCCCCCACCGCACCCGGCUCAUGAUCCUGGACGACCAGCGCAUCCACCUCCUGCGCUGGGCCAAAGCGGUCCUGGGCAAUGCCACCGCUGCCCGCUAUGUUGCUGGCGUGGGGGUUCACUGGUACCUGGAUGGCCUCGUUCCAGCCAGCUGCAGCCUGGAGGCGACCCACAAGCUCUUCCCUGACCAUUUUCUCCUCUACACGGAGGCCUGCAGUGGCUUCCUCACCAUCUGGUUCUCUGUGUCCCUGGGCUGCUGGGAGCGAGGGGACCAUUACAGCCACAGCAUCCUGACGGUCCUGAACCACUUUGUGGCUGGCUGGACCGACUGGAACCUGGCCCUGGACCUAGAGGGGGGCCCCAACUGGGUCAAGAACUACGUGGACAGCCCCGUCAUUGUGGACAGCAGCAAGGAUGUCUUCUACAAGCAGCCCAUGUUCUACCACCUGGGGCACUUCAGCAAGUUCAUCCCCGAGGGCUCGCAGCGUGUGGGGCUACACAUCAGCCACCGAUAUCUCUCCUGUCAGCUGGAGCACGUGGCCAUCCUGCGCCCCGACAGGGCUCUUGUCCUGGUGGUCCUUAACAGGUUUGGCUGGGACGUGCCGUUCGGGAUCCGAGACCCUGCCGUUGGUUUCAUCAAGACUGUGGCUCCAGCCAACUCCAUCCAGACCUACCUGUGGCGCCAGCAGUGAUGGCCAGGGCAGUGCUGGGGAUGGUGCCAAGUGGCUGGGGGUCUCCGUGUGUCAGGUCUUCCCCCACCCUUUCCAGCAUUCUUCAAUGGUGGAAGAGGGUGGUGACCUGCUGCUGGGGGUGCGAGAGGGACCAGGGGUCCUGCCCCCAUGCGAGGGGCUGUGUGUGCUCCCAGCACUGGGGUCUCACCAGGGCUGCUGCUGCUGGUGCUUCUCAGCCUCCCCCUUCCCUCCCUGGCACCCCCCAGCCCCCUGAAAGCUCCUGCUGCUCUGCCUCCUGGACCACGCUUUCACACGUGGCUCCCUUGAAACCUUCGUGUGUGUCUCAUGUGCCAAGUAAAGCCAUGACGUGCUCCCUCCGGUA